UUGUUUUCCAGGAGGGUCUCACCUGUAUGUUGGUGUUUACCAUUAUUGCUGCCGUCCUUGGAAUGUUUCAGUUUGGCUACAACACUGGAGUUAUCAACGCCCCGCAAAAGCUUAUUAAAGAAUUUAUAUCAGACAUAUAUGAGAGGAGAACGGAAGAAAUGAUUACAAAUGCUUUCAGAGAAUUUCUGUGGUCCGUCACAGUUUCUAUAUUUGCCAUAGGUGGAAUGGUAGGAGGGAUUUCAGGAGGAGCGGUUGCUAAUAGGUUUGGAAGGAAAGGGGGUCUUCUUCUUAAUAACGUUCUUGCAAUAUUGGGAGGUGCAUUCAUGGGGCUCAGCAAAGCGUCCCAUAGUAUCGAGAUGCUUAUCUUUGGUCGCCUUAUCAUAGGUUUUAAUUGUGGUUUGAAUACUGCCCUGGUACCAAUGUACCUAUCUGAAAUAUCCCCUGUGUCUCUGCGUGGAGGGUUAGGAACAGUAAAUCAGCUUGCUGUGACAGUAGGACUUUUGUUGUCCCAAGUUUUUGGAGUUCAUUUUCUUUUGGGCACAACAAGAGGGUGGCCUUAUCUCUUAGCGAUAGCAAUCAUUCCGGCCAUUCUGCAACUGUGUUUGUUACCCCUUUGUCCUGAGAGUCCUCGGUACUUGCUCAUUUCUAAACAAGAGGAAUCCCUUGCAAGGGAAGGAUUGAUACGUUUGAGGAAAUCAAGUAAUGUUGAAGAAGAUAUUGAAGAAAUGAAAGCAGAAGAAAGAGCAAAUCAGCAUGAAGUUAGGAUCACAAUGAUGGAAUUAAUACAGAAUAAGACACUACAGGUACCAUUAAUCAUUGGUAUUGUCAUGCAACUUUCACAACAACUUUCAGGAAUAAAUGCAGUUUUCUAUUAUUCGACGGGCCUUUUUAUGUCAGCAGAGCUCUCCGAAAAAACAUCGAGGUAUGCCACCAUUGGCGUAGGGGCAGUGAUGGUGAUAAUGACACUUCUGUCUAUACCACUGAUGGACCGGGCAGGAAGACGAACAUUACUCUUGUAUGGUCUAGGUGGCAUGUUCAUCUUCAGUAUCUUUAUCACAAUCUCCUUACUUGUAAAGUUUCUUUACCACUGGGUAACAUACCUCAGUGUAGUUAGUACACUUGGUUAUGUUGUCUUCUUUGCCAUUGGUCCAGGGUCCAUUCCAUGGAUGAUUACAGCAGAGCUGUUUUCCCAGGGCCCAAGACCAGCAGCAAUGAGUUUAGCUGUUUUAGUCAACUGGUUUGCUAACUUUGUGGUUGGUCUUGUAUUUCCUCUGAUGCAGCAAGGUCUCAACGAUUACACUUUCCUUCCAUUUACUGCUCUUCUUGCGAUUUUCUGGACCUUCACAUACAAGAAAGUUCCUGAAACAAGAAAUAAGACUUUUGAAGAGAUUUCAGCCCUAUUUAGGCGAGACGAGAUCAUCAAUGCUAAUGGCAUGAACAUACACGUAGCCAGAAGAUAUGCUCCAACUGGAGGACCAAUAGGACCAAUUGUGGAUGAGAAAUCUAUUGAGUCAUAUGGCACCUUCUCCCGUGUUGGUGGUGGACUACUGACUCAAGACCAUCAUCUUUAGGCUACAAUUUUUUCUUCUCUUCUUAGCAAUAUCUAGGAGACUUUCAAGCAAUAGGAACAUCUUGGCUUUGUCCCUACAUCAAUAAAUCACCAUGUGUUUAUGCUAUUUUGGUGACUUAAUUCUGGCUGUGUAAAAUGCCUGGCUAAUAGUCUGAUUGUAGCUAGCCUGUGUAGUGUACAAAAACUAAACAUUCUGAAUAGGCAAAUUAAGGUUUCGUAUCUUGUGGCGAUGGAAAAAAAAACCCAUCAAAGACAACAUAAAAUCUACCUGAAGUGACACUCCUUCCGCUUGUAAUUCAUGCUUUUCAAAGAGCUCGUAACUGCUUCAUCGAAUUACUCUUACUUAAUUAACUCUAAACAGCUAAACAUUUUCUAUCAGUUAUUGCGAUUAGAAAGGUUGGGUUUUGCGAUGAUGGAUGAGCACAGAGUUAUUAACUUUAAUGAAGAACUAUGUACAAUGUACCAAAAAUUGUGUAUAGUAAGGAAUGUUUAUUGUUCCGUUUAGCAUUAACAGCAAGUAGUUACAUUAUUCUAAUCAACCAAUGCAUUAAGUAAAUGUGUUGUUAUUGGUACUUACAUGUAUGUUUUGGAAUAUUUACUUUCUGAAGAUAUCUUUUUUACGGUGCUAUGCCCUAUGACAUUUAUACAUUUCUUCGAAUGGGCUCGUUGAUUUCGUUUAAUUUUUUUUUAAUAUUUUAUACAAAAUCUAAUGUUUAGGACCUAGUUUGGAAGUUAUUUUUAUUGUUUAAGGAAAAUAUGCUGAUCUACAGCAGCGAAUUAUAUGUACAUACUUGUGAUCGAGUAAUACAUAUUAAUGUGCGUAGAGACCAAACAUAGAACGACUAAGUUACUCCAGAAAUGUUAUUUUUUAACGAUGCAUGUGACAGCAUGAUAAAGAAACAAAGUAAUGCGACAGUCAGUUCUGAAUUUAAAAUAAGAUUUCGCAUUAAUGUAAAAUUAGUGUAAUAUUUGAAGAGGCAAAAAUCAAAACUCACCUGAAAUUUUCAUCUAGCUUGUAUUCAGAAAGUGUUGUUUCACUACCUUUCUCGCCAAACGAAAUUCAAUAUUUCAGACAAAGUAGAUUCUGUAGACUAGUGUGUGUGUGAUGAGCUUGUUAUCAUCAACAUAAUAUUUUAGUGUUGUUGUUUUUUGGUUUUUUUUCGUCAGAAAGCUUCGGCUGCUUAUGAUAUCAGAGUAUAUUGAAAACAGUGUGCAGUAAUACAGGAUUUAUAUCUAUAAAGGCCGAGCAUGGCCUAGUUGUUAGUGUGCCCGAAUUGCGAAUCAGGAUUCAUUCUUCGCGACCCGCUCCCGCAAAAAUGCGCUCCUCAUCUUGAUGCCAUGAGUACUCUAUAAGAAUGACGAUCAAAUACAACUAUUCAAUCAUACGAGAGUGGCUUAAGAAUUGAUAGUGAACGUUCGUUGUUUAGCUAUUCUUUCUCUAGUCUACUACUACAAAAUUCGAGACAUUUAUGAACACACAGCCCUUGUGCGAAAUUCAAAAACGAAUAAACAUUUCUUUCUAGACUAAGCUAAUGUCACUCCCUCCAAACACCUGCCACCAAACACACGAAUGGUUACUUAGGGUAAUCUCCUUUAUAGAAGAUGUAGUGUCUAUUCCCAUCGAAACGUGGAAUGUGCUGAAUGGUUGUCGUUUUUCUUCUUGUUUUAAGUCAGAAUUGAAACUUUCUGGGAGUUAACAAGUCCGGUCAAUAAGGUAAACAUUGUCGACGAUUACGAAUGACCUAAUAUCAUUAUUCGCUAACUUUAUGUAUUAUUAACGAUAUUAAUCAAUUAUCCCAUAACUGUUUCAAAACUACAUAUUUUUCGUAAGUUAAGAAGGCACCUUUUAAAUGCAAACCCUAACAUAUUUUUAAUUCACUGAAUUUUUAAUUGGACCGUGACAAUGACCUGUUUAUUUUAUAAUGUUACCAUAUAUCCUGGAAAGUAGGUAUAAUUAUUAAUAAAGAAAAACAUUCAUUGAUAAAUACAAGCUCUAGUUUAUAUAUAUACCUGACGGAGUGUUAGAUGGCAUGUAAGAUGUGAUUCAAUAGUUAGCUUGAAGGCUUAUUACGCUAACAUUGAGGGCUCGAUAUCCGCGGUAGGAGCAGCGCAGAUAGCUCAUUGAGGAGCUUUGAGCUUAAUAUCGUACAUACAGACACACACAUACAUAUACACUCAUUAAUUUAAUUUUUAAAAUUGUAUAAACACUGUACAGUUAUUUCUAAGCAAAUUGUAUUACCUUAUUGUAAAUUCAGUAAUGACCGUUGCACUUUGGUAACACAGUGGUGUAAUUAUAUCAUGUUUCAAUAGAAAAUUUGGUCAAGAAAAGUGUCACUUCUAGAAUGAUUUUGUCUUUAUCGUAAAAUCUUUACACGAUCUUGUGAAGAAAAGCAUAUAGCACUUGUUUGUUUACACGUUAACCCUAACAGAAGUUAAAGAUGACCAUAUAGUAUUUGUUUCUUUACACGUUAACCCUAACAGAAGUUAAAGAUGAUCAUAUAGUAUUUGUUUGUUUUCACGUUAACCCUAAUAGAAAUUGAAGAAAAGCAUGUGGUACUGAUUUGUUUACACAAGUUUCAACAUUUAUGCAAGACACUCAACUGAGUUUUCAGUUUCGGGAAUAUUUGAACGCAAAAAAAAAUACAUAUUUAAAGGGUAUAAUCACAUGAGACUUUUAUAAAGUUUGUUUUGAGUAUUUGAAAGUUUAGAUUUUUUAAUUCUAGUCAUGGGAAACGUUAGUUUGUUAGUUUUCUUAACAUCAAGGAGAAAAUCGUCAAUAGUUUUAUUAUUGUUAGGAAUGCAGAAACAUUUUGCUUUUAUUGUGUGUUUUCAUGAGAUAUCAGUCAGGGAGUUAUUCUUCACUUUUUCUUCCGCUGCACACAGAUGUUUAUGAUAAUUAUAUUUUUCUAAGUCCAUUUUCUUCAAAAAAAACCUACAUUUUAUCUUUUCCCUGCAAAGUUUACAAUCAGAACCAUCAAACACAAGUUGUUUUGUUGGGGUUUUUUAUUCAACCUUUGAACUGGAUUUUCUCUUUCUACUGUAUAAUACGCAUUUAACAGUCUGUUUGUAGUUAAAAUUUUUUAUAAAGAACCGUGAUUCCAAAUGAUAUAUUUGGAUGAAAAUUUUAGUUAUGAUUUUCAACCUAUCUUUUUGCUUGAUAAACUUAUCUGUUGUGUAAUGACAUAACAAAAUCGGAUGAAAUAAGCUUAAUUACGACGUAACAAGAUGAUAUUAAUGGAGUGUUCUAAAAAUGAUGAACGAUGAAUUUUGUUUACUUGGCGAGCACUUAGAUUAUUUAUUUACUUGCUCUCUAGGUAAUGUUAAAAAUACAGCAAUUUCCCUUAGGAUAGAUACUGUGAAUUGAUAUUUCCCAUCUCCGAAACCUCACCUUAUUUGGUCAGUCGUUUACAGAAUAUUUUCUAUCUGUGUAACGAGAAGGUUUUGUAUACUGCAUGACAUUUUGAUGUCAGUUGACACUAACGUAUUCUGCCGAAAUGUGAUGAUAUUAUUUCAUUGUUUUACUUCUACAGCAGAUAUGAAGUAGAUAUUAGUCCUAACAUAGCAUUAUGGUAUCCAUAGCUUUGCAUUGCAACGUAACACCUACAAUAAAAAUACUUAUCAAUUUUGUAAGUAAACUAUUAAAAGGACGGUAUGAUUAAGGCAUUAGCAAAGGAGAUAUUUAAAACUUCUUAGUUAUUCAAAUGUUUUGGAAAUUACUUGACUUUCACAUUAUUAAUUGCAUGUAUUGCGGUGCACUUCCUGCUUAGCCAACGAAAUAGUUUAUAGAAGUAAUAGUUUUGUUUCUUCAUACAGUGAUGUUCAGAAACGUUUGAAUUAUAUUAUUGAAAUUAAUUGUUUAUUGUUAUUAUUUUUGUUUAGGGGCUCUAAUACUAAACAAAAAUUAACAGGUUUCAUUACUAGAUUUACGUCAUCACAACACUGGUAACAGGUAUACUUAGUGUAUAUUGGUAACAAUCUUGGGUGACUACUUUUGCUAAUUCUAAUCUUUGCUCAACAAUGAACUUACCUGUUUCUGAGGUUCUAUGAUCCUUCAUAUUGUAUGUUACGAUAAUCGGUAGAGAAAAAUGCCACGAAUGAUACAAUCGAAAGAAAUGGUCAUUUUUAAAAUGUGAACGCGUAGUUAUUUCGCCAAGUAAUAUUUAACUCCUAUGCAACUAUGAAUAAUUAUCUAUGGCGAUUUAGCAAUUAAUACUGACGUUUUAUGUUAAUGUUGGGGACCGGAUAAUGUAUGAAAUGUUGCUAUCUUGGAAUAAUUACUUGUGAAGCACUUUAUGAACUGUGUAAAAAAGAGUGUAUUUUUUAACUACUUCAUCAUCAGGUAAGUAGUUCAUUUCUUUAAACCGAUGCGCGCCGAAUUAGAGAACAUGGAUCCUUCAGUUCUCAGAAAAGGCAACAUUUAAUGCCAAAUUUCAAUAUCUGUAAUACCAAAACACAAAUUGAAGAAAGAAAAAGGCCACCUAUGUCAAUAAAUAUUGUUCAUUAAAACACCUUUAGAAAUUACUUCUUGAUCAAACAAAUCUCGUUUAUUAAACCUUUUCUAAGGAAUGGGUUUUUUACCUUAAUUGUAAAAGAAAGGAGCGUUUUGAUCCCUUUUAAAAAUGAAAAUGUUAAACAAUCACUAUAUAGUGGUUUUCGUUAAAUAUUAAUCUCUAAAUUGCAUAACUAACAGAUAUUUGAAAUUAAUUUCUUUAAUGUUGUUUGAACGAAUUAAUGUAGUUGGUUUUGGUUUUGAUAUAUUGAGUAUUAAAGUGUCACCAUUUCCCUACUGACUCAGCGGUAAGUCUGGUUCUGAUACCCGCGAUGGGCAGAGCACAGAUAGCCCAUUGUGUAGCUUUGUGCUUAAUAAUAAACAAACAAAAUUAGUGGCUUGUGCAUCAAAUUAAGAUGACCUUUGGAAACUUUUGUUUCGUGUGAUAUAAAUAAAUAUUACAUUUUUGCGUUUUUCUUUUUUUUUACUUCUACAGUUCUUCAUUCAUAUUUAGUUUUGAUUGCAGAUUUAGAUUCAUAAGUUUUUACUGUUUACUGUGAAGGUGAGUUACAUCGCUUCCAUCAUUGCUGGGAAAUGGAUGAGUUCCAGCAUGGUGAGAAAAUAAGGGAGCAAACCCCCAAUCAUAUGGAAGAUCGGGUCUAAGAAGUAAGGCAAAAUGUCGUUUCCGGGUCCCUCACGUGCCUCCUGGCUCUACCAUCAGGUGAUUAGAUGUGUUGUCAAUGGUACGAGAUGUCAGUAGCUAUGUUAUUGCUUAUAUAUCGUUGCCAAUGGGAAUAGUUCCUAAAUUCAUUUUUCUGUGUGCUAAAUUGUUACAGCAUGUUGGAAUGUAUUUCAAUGAAUUGUAUUGCAUGUUGGCAAGCAUGGUUUUUAGCUUGAUAUUGCACGCUUACAAAACAUGAAACUGGUAUUGUUGUUGUUGUUGUUUGUUUUAGCGUAUUCGUUUGAAUUACUGGCGUUACCAUGAAGCAUUAGUUACAAAAGCAUGUGUAGGUUUAUCCCUUAAUAACGGUUUUUGUACAACAACAAACAAACAAUUUCGUAAUUUUAAAACACCGUGUGAUCUGUAACUCGGAACCAGUACUCUCUAUACACGUCCUUCAUCGUCAUUGUUAUUAAGAACAGUCACUUUUUCACGAGGAUUUUUAAGAAACGACCUUCGUCAACUGGUUAAGCAAGCUCUUCAGCAGAACUCCUAAUCAACUAUUCAAAGCUGAAAUUUUAAAUAACCCUAGUUACAAAAAAGUAUUCCUUCUCCGAGUUUAAAAGGAAGUAAUACAAACAUCACUUUGUCCGCUAAACGAAGAUUAACAUGCAAUGUUUUGAAAGAAAUACUUAAUGCAAAGGAUCCUGAUCUAAAUGAAAAAGUUCAAAUUUCCAAAUUAGAAAAUCCUGCCCAUACCUUGCUGACUUCCUAUCAUAUUCGUAGCUAAAAAAAAGAUAUGAAUUAUAACUUCUGAGUCACAAUCCUUUGACAAGCACCCACCCAAGUAACUGAAUAUAUUCGAUAGGCUUCAUUCAAGUGAACACAUUCGAUAAGUUUGAUCCAACUAAAUAUUCUUGAUGGGUCUGAUUUAACAGAACAUAUUGGAUAGACUUGAUCCAACUGAACAUAUUCGAUAGGUUUGAUCCAACUAAAAUUUCUUGAUAGGCCUGAUUUAACUGAACAUAUUCGAUAGUUUUGAUCCAAUUAAACAUUCUUGAUAAGUUUGAUCCAAAUGAACACAUUCGAUAAUUUGGUCCAACUGAACACAUUCGAUAGAUUUAUCAUUGAACUAAACAAUUGGAAUUAACAAAGUUAUAGAAUAAUGACGAAUAGUAGCUACAUUCGAACGAAUGGAAUUCAAAUAUUUACCCUUCUGAGGUAACACCAUUUCAACACACUGGUCACCACACAGAUAGCUGAAACAUAAGCCGUUACCGCCUGGUAAUCAUUACUUUCUUUUUAUUAGUUCUUUAAAUGCUCCGUUGCGUGUGUUAUUUUUGCAUCACUAGUUUAAUAAGCACAUUUAAAAUUGAUCUUAAUAGCUUUUUCCUUGCAUAUAAAAAAAUGCUGUUUUUUUACUUUGUUGCUUUUGCAACUUUCAUUUUUGAAUAUUUUUCGUUUCCAAAGAUACAUCAUAGAUUACAAUAGCUUCAUCAUUCAUGCUGCAAGGAUCAGCACGUUUUCUGGAAGUCUUAUGAAAGGCAGUGAAUUAUAUGCAUAUGAUGUAGAUUUAGCAUUAUGGUUUUGUUUAUAAAUAUUAAAGCACGGAAAGCCGCUUCUUUUCAUUAAAAAGUUUUUUUUUUAAUGUUCAAGAGGAGAAAACCGGUAAUGGAUGCAAAUUACCUAACUUUUACAACAUAAAAAUGUAUCAAAAUAAAAACAAAUAUUUUUUUC